UCUCUCUCUCUCGCUCUCUCUCUCGCACCACCUCGCCAGGACCGAAGGCUAGAGUGUGGUCACUUGUGGAGGUGGCAAGUCGUGAGAAUGGCUGUGGUCAACAGAGCUGUUGUCGACGGAAUUGAGCUCGAGCGGUGGUCGUCGAGCGGAAAGAAGGUCGAUGCGAGCAGAGUGACGCAAGCCUUUUGGACGAGUUUACCCUCGCGGAGCGGACAUUGAUCAGCAAGCCAUCAGAGGUGGGCAAGGAGACGCUCAAGUUUGAGUUCAAGUAUCUUGACAUCUUGUUAGCUGGAGGAUUUGAGCGAAUGGAAGCGUGGCGGAUGCGAUUUCCGCACGCGGCAUCCAAGGUAUCGGCCAUGAGACCUGCCCCGUUCUACCUCCACCUCUUCCACACGCCCGACAACUCGAUCGGCUUGGCGGUAGAGCUGGUGUCGGUUCGGAUUUGGCCCGGACUGGAAGGCAACGCUCCGCUGAUUCUAGUCCGGUACUUGAGCAUAGCAAGUGAGGAUGAGCACGGUGCCAAGGCCGAGGCGAUCCAAGACGCAGUGUUGCGGUCUUUCUCGCGGCCGUCGACGACGGUCGCGUCGGCAGAGAACAUCCUCGGGUUGGUGCGGCUGCUGCAAGCCAAUGGUGCGCUGGUGAGUGAGGAGACGAGAGCAGAGAUGAUGGAUGGUGUAAGCGGCGAGUGGGCACCGUCGUUUGUGGCGCCGGGCGAGGUGAGCGCAGCGAGGUCAGCCCUACCUUCAGAGGCAGCGACCGAGGCCUCGACAAGUAGCGAAGUCAAGACAACAACUGCAGCCGACAGCAUCGACAGCGGCAGCAGCGUGACAGACACGGUGUGUGCAGUUGACUUGGGGCGGCCGACGGGCGAUGAGCCUCUGGCGUCGUGCUCGGUGUGUGGAAAGAAGCCAUCGAACUUGCGGUGUGCACGGUGCAAGGACAUAGUCUACUGCACGCGCAAGUGCCAGAAGAGCGAUGCCGAGACGCACAAGAAGGUCUGCGCGCCAUUCCUCGCGGGGUCAAAUAUGCUGAAUAUCAAGCUCGACCCGUCCUUGCCGCUGCCUUUGGGCAUCACCAACGUGAAGAUGGCGGUCAGGUAUCGGCUGAGGGCGCAUCGGCGGCAGCCGACGGGGCGUUUAUAAUAGUAGUCGACGCCUCGGGCUUUCUGCACAUUGCAGUCCGCCCGCAAGACUGUACCGAUACCAGGAGGCUCGAUGCAGCGCUCUCGCUGGUCUCAUCGGUCGGUGAUGGCGAAACGGCGUACCUUUACGGCUUUGUCCACAACUCGAUGCUCACGCUUUGCGUCACCGAGCUCGCGAGUGUGGAAGAAUGGUAAAGUAUGUG